AUGGCGUUCGGCUCUACGAAAGAGCAUGCUGCCGACCCAAGGCUGAGCAAUAUUGCUCGCGCGGAUCCCACAAAAUGGUACCAGAAACCGAACUUGCGUUUUCUGUAUCUGAUUAUGGUACCAUGUUGUCUCGGUGUUGAGUGGACCUCCGGUUUCGAUUCCUCGAUGAUGAACUCUCUCCAAGCAGUUCAGUCAUGGGUAGACUACUUCGGCAACCCGUCUGGCGACCGCCUUGGCUUGCUGAAUGCCAUGUACUCACUGGGUGCCCUCAUGGCUAUUCCCUUCAUACCUACCGUCUCACAGUAUCUUGGACGACGACGGACUAUUGUCGUAGCCUCGCUUAUCAUGACCCUGGGUGCUGGCAUGCAGGCUGGUGCCAGAAAUGUGGACAUGUUCCUCGCCUCUCGUUGGGUUCUCGGAUUCGGCAUCCCUUUCGCCAUCGUGAACGCCUCGGCCCUCAUUGGCGAGCUCGCCUAUGCCAAGGAGCGACCCAUAAUGACCUCUCUGUUCAACGCUAGCUGGUUUGUCGGUGCCAUCAUCGCAGCUGGAGUGACCUAUGGUACUUUCCAGAUGACAAGUACAUGGGCUUGGAGGCUGCCGUCGCUUCUUCAGUUUGUGCCCAGCGCGUGCCAGCUUGGAUUUAUGGCUUGGUGUCCUGAAAGUCCCCGUUGGCUCAUAUCCAAGGAUCGUGGUGAUGAAGCUUUUGCCAUUCUCCAGAAAUACCAUUGCGAAGGACAUGAUGGGGAGGAGUUCGUUCGUUUGGAGUACGCACAGAUCCAGAGCACGAUCGCGCAAGAAAAAGCUACUGCCAAGGCAUUUGUCUGGGCCGACGUGUUCCGCGAUGCCCCCAUGAGACGUCGGUUCCUCCUCGCUGGCGUCAUUGGCUUCUUUACUCAGUGGUCAGGGAAUGGUCUUCUUUCUUUCUACAUGAAGAAGAUUCUCAACCUGGUUGGCAUCACGGACAACCACACCGUACAAAAGUUUAUUCUGGGCAACACCUGCUGGGGCUUAAUCAAUGCAGUCCCGAUUGCAUUGAUUGCGCCCAGAUACCCUCGUCGGGUCAUGUUCCUAACAUGCACUAUCGGUACAGCUUGUGUUUACACUGUAUGGACUGUCGCUUCUGCCCGCUUCGCCAUAGAUGGGAGUGCGGCGGCUGCUAUUCCUGUAUUAGUCUUCAUAUUUGUCUACUCACCAUUCUACAACAUUGGCUGGAACGCGCUCGCCUACACUUACCUUGUGGAGAUCUUCCCUUACGCACAGAGGUCAAAGGGCAUUGCCUUAGAGCAACUGACUGUUCGAUUUGCCGUCUUCUUCAACACAUACGUCAAUCCCAUCGCUCUCGACCGCAUCGGGUGGAAGUACUAUAUUGUAUACUGCGUUUGGAUUCUGGUCGAGAUUGCUACAGUUUACCUCUUGUUUCCGGAAACUCACAACCGAACUCUGGAGGAGCUCUCGUUCAUGUUCGAAGGGAAGGAGGUGCAAGACAAGGUGCAACAUAAUGUAGAUAAGCAGCUCGAGUUGGGACCUGUGGGCGUUACAGAGGUCCACGAGGCUGCACAUAAGGACGAGACCAAGGUGUGA